AUGGCAUAUUCUCAAAGAUCGGAGCUCGCGGCGCCCGACCUCUCGCCACCGGAAUGCCGGGAAUACAGCGCUUUUAAUUUGAAUUCGACGGAAGCCCAAAAUACUCAAGGAUACUGGCCUUCUCAGCAGCGGUGGAACGCAAACCUGUACAGCGGCGCCGCUGCCGCUGCUGCCGACUGCACCUCCCUGCCCCCCAAACGCCCUUCCCCACAAACUGCGCAUGCACUCGGGAGCCACUGCAGCUUUUCUGAGCAUGAGAGGCAGAGCUCCGGGGGCCCGGGGGGCCCUCCCCCACGCUGCAGCGUGGAGUUCAGCAGCGGACUUGAACGCCACAGCUUUCCGCCCUGGGCCUCCAGCCAGACGCAGCCCGCGGCGCGAGCCUAUUGCUCUGGCUUGGGGGGAAGCAGAUCGCCUCAGGGCCCCUCUUCGAGGCCCGAGGGCCCCCCCCAAACUGUUUUGCCUUAUCCAUUUUCUUCAAGUUCCCAGUCGCUUUCCUUGAGGACAAACUGCUCCUAUGAGCAGCAGCGGGCCUCUCUGCCCGACAGUAGCCUCCGCACCAACCCGGCUGCUGCUUUGGGCGUCUUUUGGGGCCACAGGCAGCAGCAGCAGCAGCAGCAACAGCAGCAGAAAGCCCCGCGGGAGAGCUGGUGCAUGCCAGCAGCAGCUCAAGAGGGCGCUGCUGCUUCGCUGCGAGAAGCAGCAGCAGCUUGUGACGGCUCUCAGGGCUUUUCCUUGCCCCUGCCCCUUUCCCAAGACUGCAGCAGACAUACAACCCAAAAAGAAGCAGCAGCACAAGUGCCAGCUGCAGCAACCUCAAAGGCCCCGGGGGCCCCCGGGGCUCCCGGGGCCCCCGGGGGCCCCAGGGGCCCCCCGGGGUCUCGGGGUAGUGUGUCUCAGUGCUGUUCAACUCAAGCGGACACAGUACCUCAAGUACUUCGACAGCAAGGCCACUGCCGACUCGAAGUCCCGCUUUUGGUUGAAAUGAUUUACCGCAAACACGAAACUCUAAGGAAACACAUGGAGACAGAAGCGUGUGGCUGGAGCGCACAGGGACUCUCAUCAAGCUCCCAGCAGCUGCUGGCAGCAAACGCCAAACUGCAGGAGCAGCAGCAGCAGCAGCAGCAGCAGCAGCGGAAACGGCCGAGUGGGGAGACAGAGGGCAGCAGCGGAGAACAAGGAAGCACUAAAAGAGCACUCACAGCAACUGUAGCAGCAAAUGCCGAGGGCUGUGCCAGCAGCUUUAUAGCCUUGGAGUGGCAGCAGCAUCAACAGCAGCAGCAGCAGCAACAGCAGCAGCAUCAACAGCAGCAGCAGCAGCGGCAGCAGCAGCACCAACAAGAGCAACAACAGGCUUUUUCAAGUCGGGAAAGGCAAGGAGAUAGAGCCGCAGCAGCAGCAGAGCUGCACCAGCUGGACUGUCUGCAGCCAAACAUGAGCUCCUAUCCCUUCAACAGAGCAGCAGCAGCAGCAGCAGCAGCAGCAAGGGAAGGCAGGAGCAUGAGCAGCAUAAAUCCUUAUUUGUAUUUGGGACUAGCGAGCCGCCAGCUGCAAGCAGCACCUCCAGCUGCUACUGCUGCUGCUGCUGCUGCUGCUGCCAACAGGCAGCAAGCUGCAUGCAGCAUGGGCUUCUCCGGGGCUCUCUUGCCUGAGUCUCAUCUUUUUCGCUGCAGCGAGCAGCAGCUAGCUGCCUUUGCUGCCUCCGCAGCCUCCCACCCAGCAGCAGCAGCAGCAGCAGCAGCAGCAGGGGAGCAGCAGCUGUCGUCAAAGGCUUCGGAUGUCUCGACUUGUUUGGAAGAGCUGCCGCUGGAGCAGCUGCUGCGGCGCCUUUCGAAGCAAGACGUGCAAAUGCUUAUACAAUCGACGCUGCGCCCCGCAGCAGAAGAGCAACAACAAGCAGCAGCAGCAGCAGCAGCAGCAGCAGCAGAAGCAGAAGCAGUAGCAGCAGCAGCAGCUGCUGCUGCUGUGGCUGCUGCAGCACGAACGCCACAGCCAGAAGCAGCAGCGGCUGCUGCUGCUGCUUCUGCUGUUGCUGCGGCACAAACACCGCAGCCAGAAAAUGCAAUAGAAACAGCUGCAGCUGCAGCAGCACAGGCGCCUGCAACAGAACCCGCAGCAGCAGAAAAAACGGCAACAGCAACUGCAGCAGCAGCAGAAGCAGCGGCAGCAAUGGAGCCAGCGGCAGAAACAACAGCAGCCCCAACAGCAGCAGCAGCAGCAGUAGUGGCUCUCCCUGGCUCUCGAAAACUGCACAACCGAACGCAUGCAGCAGCAAAAAAAGCAGAAGGGCCCCUCAGCAGCUCCAAGGCAGCAGCAGCAAAGGCCAAGAAGACACAAAAGCCAGAAGAUGGAGUGAAAAGAAAAGGAAGAAAGACAAAAGAAAAAAAGGAAAAGUUUAAUAAAUUAAUUCCCACUUUUGCUGCCAACGCCUGCCACCUCAGACGCUCUCUUCCCGCAUCAUAUCAAUCCCCUGAGGACGAUCAGCAGCAGCAGGAGCAGCAGCAGCACGAGCAGCAGCAGCACGACAAGCAGCAGCACAAGCAGCAGCAGCACGAGCAGCAGAGGCAAGAGCAGCAGCAGCACGAGCAGACGUCAGAAGAGGCAGCCGCCGGUGCUGUUGAGACUUCAUUGUCCUCAACUCCAGCAGCAGCAGCAACAGCAGCAACAACAGCAGCAGCAGAAGCAACAGCAGCAGCAGGCAGCAGCAGCAGCACGAAGCAGAGCGCAAAGGUGUCCGCUCAAAAGUACCGCAGCUGCGGUGUACAGACAAUCUUGCACAUGGAAUACUUGGAGGAGGCGCUGCUGUUUUACGCGUCGAGCAGCAAAAGGCGCAGCAAAAAGAAGUUGAAAAUGAAAGCAGAAAAAGAAAUGAAAAACAAAAAAGAAAAAGAAAAAGAAAUGCAAAAUAAAGAAGAAACAGAAAAAGAAAUUAAAAACAAAAAUGAAUCCAAAAAAGAAAUUAAAAUCAAGAAGACGCAGCAGCGGCGAAGUGACACUGCAGCAGCACACGAGGGCGCAGCAAACGAAGCAAGCAGCAACGUCACUGGAGGAAAGGAAAGACGCGCUGCAUGCGCUCCGCAGCAGCAGGCGAGGGACUCGCAGCAAGUUGAACAGGGAAGGAAGCAAAGCAGCAGCAAAAGCUGCAGCAGCAGCAGCAGCAGCAAAAGCAACAAAGAAAAGCCAAAGGACUUCGAUUUUGCUCCGAGACAAACACCAGGAGCGCUGCGGCAGCAGAGCGUCGAGUCCCCGUGGCUGCUGGUUGGAGCGAAUCUUUUGAUUUCGGAGAAGUACUGCGACUUGUGGGAAAGCUGUACUGUCACUUCUUACUUCCCGCACACCCAGCGCCACGAGGUGUCUGUACACUCCAGCGGCAGCCUCAAGCGCCUCAGGCUUUCUGAACUGCAGCUGCGCAUUCAGAACUAA